UCAGAGUGCCUUCCAGGCACACGCGUCAAGAUACAAGAGUUCCUAAUGAAGCGCCUAGGGGAUGCCGAGAACCGGUUUGUUUGGCUACGGGGAUCUCCUGGGACGGGAAAAACUGCGAUCUCUAUGAGUAUCGCGUCGACUUUUGAGAAAGAGGGCAUUCUAGCGGCGUCAUACUUUUGGGAUAAG